GGUUAUAAAAAAGAAGAAGCCUAAUGUCAAACAAAAAACUAACCUUUUGUGAAUGUUUAUUAGUGAAAUUAAUGCUAUCGAAUUUUUGUAAAUAUUAUAUAGAUUCGUAUUUAUGAUUGAGAAUUUCCUCAAGCAUGACUUACAUCGAUCAAAAUAAAAAAACGUGGGUAGGAAGUAGUAUUCAAGAAAUAUGCAACAAUAAAGAUAUUUGGAGUUUUAAUAUUACUCCUAUCAAUAUAUCACAGUAUCAUGCAGUAUUAUUUAAACUGCCGGUUACGUUGAAAGAACCUCCGGAACCAUUUAAAUGUUCGGAACAAAAACAUUGGGACGAUGAUCACGUUCGAAUGCCCUAUUCUGACAAGAAUUUGUUUCCAGUUUGUGAAAACGGCGUGGAAGCCAUUAAAUUACGUUGGAAAUUAAUAAAAAAUACUUUUCAAAACGUACAAAUAAAUAAUAGUUAUGAAUUAGAGGCAGCUAUACAUACAUACAAUUCAUCUAUGCCCAGUUUUACUGCAUUACAUCAGUAUUUUGAAGAUAUGGAAGAGGAAGAAACAAAUCACUUCUUCGAAGGAUUAUUACCCAAAAUUAUAUCUCUAGCUUUAAAUUUACCACAAAUCCUACCCGGUAACAUACCUUUAUUGAAACAACAUCACAAUAGAUCUGUGAGUUUAUCUCAAUAUCAAGUAGCUUCUUUAUUAGCAAAUGCAUUUUUAUGCACAUUCCCUUGGAGAAAGUCUACGGCUGUCACUUAUCCUGGAGUGAACUUUGCUAGUUUAUUUAUAGCAGACAAAAGACCGAAAAGGCAAAGUUGUAUAUUUGAAAAGUUCAAGUGUAUUUUCAAUUACUUUAGAAUGGUUACAACAUCACCUCCUUUAGGUGUUAUCACUUUCGAGAGAAAGCAUACACCCAAGUCUCUUAUGCCAAGAUGGGACACUUUAGAUAAUAAUAUAGGUCACACGAAAAUACAUAUUGAUAGUUCAGGUACUAUAGAAGACAACGGUCUAGGAUUUUUGCAAGUUGAUUUUGCCAAUAAAAAUAUAGGUGGUGGCGUAUUGAGAUAUGGCUGUGUACAAGAAGAAAUUAGAUUUGUGAUAUGUCCAGAAUUAAUCAUUACAAGAUUAUUUAUUGAGCAACUCACAGAUCUUGAAGCAGUGGUAGUUACAGGUGCUCAACGUUUCAGUAAUUACUCAGGAUAUGGUGAUACGUUCGUUUGGGAAGGUCCUCACAAUGACCUAACUCCUUAUGAUGAAUACGGAAGGAGACGUACGAGUAUAUCUAUAAUUGACGCAACCAGAUAUACUAAAUCAUCCCAACAAUUUUAUCCAUCAGCAAUGUUAAGAGAACUGAAUAAGGCGUACGUUGGAUUCAGUACCAGAGAUAAAUCAAAUUUAUCACCAGUAGCAACAGGAAAUUGGGGUUGCGGUGCGUUUAAUGGUAGUCUGUAUUUGAAGUCGCUGCUACAGUUGAUGGCCUGUAGCGGAUCCGGUAGAAAUUUGGUAUACUACACUUUCGGAAACGACCAAUUCAGAGACGAUUUUUACGAAAUUUACACGUUUUUAGCUACAAAUAAUAUUAAAAUAGAACAACUUUGGAAGAUUCUUUGCGGUUUUAGUUUAUCAUCGAAAUCCGAAGAACAACUCUAUCCGUUUAUUCAACAAGCUUAUUUUGAUAGCAAGAAACAACCGAGCGUCAAAUCGUUUUUGAAAACCGAAGAAGCCGGAACUUCUAAUUCGUUAAAACCAAAAAAUUUUUAUUUAAAUAACAAAAAAAUUAAUAAAAUAAACGAUGAACAAUUAGAUAUGAUGUGGAACCCAACCAACACCACAGAACGUUUGUUCGAUGAAGAAAUGAUUGAUGAAAGUGAUAAAUUAGAAAAAUGUUGUAAAAAUGAAACAAGGGAAACGUUACCCAACAGAAUCAAAGAAAAGAUGCCCAAAAUUGAUAUAGGAGAUUUAAUAGACGAAAUGGACGGACACACGACUAACAAAAAUCGAGAAUUUGCCGAAGAUUCUCUCUUAACUCAAAUUGAUAAAUUAUCCAAGAAUUCGAGAAUAUGUGAACCCAGUGUUAUAGAGUGUAAGGAAACUAUGGAAAUUGUUGAUGUUUCUCUUAACAAUGCGAAAUCAAAACGGAAGAUAUCCGAUUAUUUUUCAAAAGUUACGUAACACAACAGAGUUAAAAACAUCACAAAAUGAAGUAGAGCUUUAGCCUUCCAAAGAACAGUUCCAAUUUUGUAAAAUUUAAUUGAAUAAAUUAUUUUUAUUA